AUGCAGUACAGGCACGAGACCACACCAUUGCUCUAUGUCGAAGUAGCGCAGCGCCCGCCACGCUAUCCGCAUAGAAGAAUCCGCCGAUUAUGUACCACAUGCCUGGGUUCGAUAUUAGUUCUAUCAGUCAUCGUGCUACUCUUACCUUUUGCUCUACUCCCACGCGGAUACGGCUCAAUCUCUGAUCAUCUUCCCUGGGUAUCGAGAAACGGCCUCGACUAUGCGUCUCUCCAGCAUCUACUACAGACUGUCCCAAAUGCAGACAAGACAAGAGAUUGGAGUCAUCAUUACGCAUCUGGAGCACAUCUCGCGGGGAAAAACCUGAGCUUAGCCAUCUGGACAAAGGAGAAAUGGGAGGAAUUUGGGGUCCCAGAUGUCCAGAUCACGACAUAUGAAGUCUACCUGAAUUACCCCGUCAGCCACCGAUUGGCACUUCUCGAGACAAAGAAAGAAGGCCACGAUGUAAAAGUUAUGUACGAGGCUUCAUUGGAAGAGGACAAACUCGAUAAAGAUGCCACCAGCAAUCUGAAAGAUCGGAUUCCCACUUUUCACGGAUACUCAGCCAACGGCAAUGUCACCGCUCAAUAUGUUUAUGUGAAUAAUGGAGAUUACGAAGACUACGAAGCCCUCCUCAAAGCAAAUGUGACUUUGGAAGGGAAAAUUGCCUUGGCGAAGUAUGGCGGAAAUCUGCGUGGACUGAAAGUUAAGCGUGCCCAAGAACUCGGUAUGGUCGGAGUCAUUAUCUACACCGAUCCACAGGAAGAUGGAGAUAUGACCGAGUUGAACGGAUACAAAGCAUAUCCUGAUGGGCCGGCUAGAAACCCAAGUGCUGUGCAAAGAGGGAGUGUUGGCUUUUUGACUGCCGGAGCCGGUGAUCCCACGACCCCUGGAUAUCCCUCCAACCCCGGUUGCCCAAGACAGGAUCCGAAAGACUUCCUUGCUACCAUUCCUUCAUUACCAAUCUCUUACAAAGACGCCAUCCCCUUGUUGAAAGCUCUCAACGGGCAUGGGCCUAAACCACUGGAAUUUGGCAAGGAAUGGCAAGGCGGCCUGGUCCAUAAAGGUGUUGACUAUAAUAUCGGCCCUUCUCCCGAGAACAUCAUGAUUAAUCUCUAUAAUGAACAGGAGUAUGUAACUACUCCUAUCUGGAAUGUCAUUGGCGUUAUCAAAGGCUCAAUACCGGAUGAGGUCAUUGUUUUGGGCAACCAUCGAGAUGCGUGGAUAGCCGGUGGUGCGUCCGAUCCCAACAGUGGCUCCGCUGUAUUGAAUGAAGUCAUUCGCAGCUUUGGAGAAGCCCUCAAGGGUGGCUGGAAACCAAAAAGAACGAUUGUAUUCGCUAGCUGGGAUGCUGAAGAGUAUGCACUAAUUGGAUCAACGGAAUGGGUCGAAGAAAAUCUUUCGUGGCUGUCAAGAGCCCACGUUGCAUAUCUCAAUGUCGAUGUCUCUACUAGUGGAACGAAGUUCAAGGUCGAUGCUAGCCCCUUGCUCAACAAAGCUAUUAAUAACGCCGCUGGACAGGUCCUAUCUCCAAAUCAGACGAUCAAGGGGCAGACCAUCCUUGACGUUUGGGGUGGUGAAAUCGGUGUAAUGGGAAGUGGCAGUGAUUUUACAGCCUUCCAGGAUUUCGCCGGAAUUCCAAGUGUUGAUUUAACCUUUGUAGCUGGAGAGGGCGAUCCAGUUUAUCAAUACCACUCUAACUAUGAUAGCUUUGACUGGAUGGACCGAUUUGGCGACGUUGGCUUUAAAUAUCACAUUGCAAUGACAAAAAUGUGGUCCCUUACAGCGGCAUACCUUGCAGAGACUCCGAUUCUCGCGCUGAAUGCCACUGACUAUGCUUCUGCAUUGAAGAAGUAUUUGGAUUUGGUCAAAGAUAAAGUCUCUCCCGAGGCUAUGAGACAGUUCGAUUUCUCUCCUAUGGAUGAUGCCAUCGCUACGUUCCACCGGAAUGCUAUUAAAUUUGACGCUUACACCGAGUCGCUUGCUACGGAGUUAGAGAACGGUGGCCAUUGGUGGAGCAGGCUUAUCCUCUAUUUCAAAAUCCGCUUUGCCAACCAGAAGUACAAAUAUAUUGAAAGGAAGUUCCUAUACGAUAAAGGACUUGAUAAUAGAGGCUGGUACAAACAUGUUAUUUUUGCACCAGGGCGGUGGACUGGGUAUUCCGGUGCAACUUUCCCUGGCCUAGUUGAAAGUUUUGAAGACAACGACUUGGAGAACGCCAAGAAAUGGCAGGACAUCAUUAAAUCUAAGAUUGACGAUGUUACUGAAUUCUUGGGAUAA